AUGGCAUUCACGGACCUGAACACGUUGAUCGUGCGUGUAGAGCCAAUGCCGUCAGGUCCGGACAUCUGCGAAAAGUUGCGACCUUGCAAUAACCAGGAUGCUGCAUAUCUCGCGAAAGCAGGCAGCCAAGCGUUCGCUGUGCCAUCGUUAGCCGCGCCGACUCCGCAAAUGAACGUCCCUGUAAUCUUGGUACUGCCCGCGAACUGA